AUGCUAUCACAGACAAAAUGUACUUUUGUUAAAGGCUCACGCGGAUGCGAACAGAAAAUGUAUCAUUGCAGAACCUGCGGCCUUGUUAAUGAAUUGGGCUGCUGUGAAGCUUGUGCAAAAACUUGCCAUGCUGGUCAUGCACUUGUUCCGGUACAUGGUACCCAAUACUUUAACUGUGACUGUGGGGCUGAAUGUGGAAAGACGCCAUGCAAGUGCUCUUUAAGAAAUUCAUUAUGCUCAAAUUUGAAAAUUGGUACAAACGUUCCUGCUCAACAUGCCUGGGUAUGCCUUACAUGCGCCAUGGGCGAAUAUGAUGGUAUCUGCAAUGUUUGCGCAGAAACUUGUCAUAAAGGUCAUAAACUUGUUGACAAAGGCAUCUGGAAUGGCUUCACAUGUGCAUGCGGAUCAAAAGGAGCCACUUGUCAAUGUAAGGAAAUUAAAAGUGAUAAACCAAAGUCGCCAACCGUUGCUGAACGUUUGAAAACAGCAGGAAUUUCUUCACCUCGAGUAAUUUCUUCGCCAAACAAUUCUACUCCACGCGAAAUUGCUUCCCCUGCCGCUCAAAAUCGAAUUACAAAUCCUCAACCAGUUCAAAAGAGGCGUUCAUCAAUCAUAGAUGAGAAUGCUCCUAAAGAAGAACUUGAGCAGGUUCCAAAAGUUAAGCCACAUGUUACAUUCUAUAAUAUUUAA